AUGUCUAAGCGCACAGCGGCUGAUGGCGGUGACGACACCCCCCUCAAGGGGGGUGACCGUCCCGAUCAGAUGGAUGUCGACGACCAGCCCAACAAGGAGAUGGGCGAAUUCGAGGACGAGUUUGAGGACGAGUUUGAGAGCGAGGACGAGAUCUUCGAGGCUGGCAUUGAUGGGCGUCCAGACGCUGAACGCGAGGCCGAGGAAAAAGAUGGCAUGGACGUCGACCAGGCCCAGCAGGGCACCUUCAUCGUCGGACGCAACAAGCUUGAGCCGGGACAGACUCUCUCCCCUGAUAUGACGACCUAUGAGAUGCUCCACAGCCUGAGCACGCCGUGGCCGUGCCUGUCAUUUGACAUUAUCAGGGACUCGCUGGGCGACAAUCGCAAGACGUACCCGGCCACCAUGUACACCGUGGCCGGCACCCAGGCCGAGAGCGCGCGCGCGUCGGACAACCAGCUCAUAGUCAUGAAGUUCAGCGGCCUUAGCAAGACCAGCCCGGACGAUAAGGAUGGUUCGGACGACGAGGACGACGAUGAUGACGACGAGGACGCCGACCCGAUCCUCGAGAGCAGGUCCAUCCCACUCAAGUCGUGCACCAACCGCGUGCGGGCCCACGCCAUCCCCAACGACCAGGGUGGUGCCCCCACGACGCUGACGGCGUCUAUGACGGAGUCGAGCGGCGUGCUCAUCCACGACAUCACACCCCACCUAACCUCGUUCGACACGCCAGGGGCCACCAUCUCAGCGCAGCAGAACAAGCCCCUAUCGACGGUGCGCAUCCACAAGUCCGAGGGUUAUGGAAUUGACUGGUCGCCGACGGUGCACGGGAGGCUCCUAACGGGCGACAACGACGGACUCAUCUACAUGACGUCGCGGACUGACGGCGGUGGCUGGCAGACGGAUAACCGCGCCUUCCAGGGCCACACAGGCAGCGUCGAGGAGAUCCAGUGGUCGCCGUCGGAGCAGAGUGUCUUCGCCUCGGCGUCGAGCGACGGCACCAUCCGCAUCUGGGACGUGCGCUCCAAGGCCCGCAAAGCCGCCAUCACCAUGCAGGUGUCCGACUACGACGUCAACGUCAUGUCGUGGUCGCGCCAGACCAGUCACCUGCUCGCCUCCGGCGCCGACGACGGUACCUGGGGCGUCUGGGACCUGCGCCAGUGGAAGGUCAGCAGUGACAAGCCUCAGCCCCUCGCCAGCUUCAACUUCCACAAGGAGCAGAUCACAUCAGUCGAGUGGCACCCCACCGACGACUCCAUCGUCGCCGUUGCCGCCGGGGACAACACCGUCUCCCUCUGGGAUCUGGCCGUCGAGCUGGACGACGAGGAGUCCAAGACCUCUGCCGUCCCCGGCGACGUGCCCCCCCAACUCCUCUUUGUCCACUAUCUCAAGGAUGUCAAGGAGGUGCACUGGCACCCCCAAAUAAUCGGAAGCCUGGUAGCCACCGGAGAGGACUUCAGUGUUUUCCGCACCAUCAGCGUAUAA